AUGGCCGCGGCUUCGGCUUGGAGGCGCCUGGUUCGGUUAGAAACUGAUUCUGGAUUGUCUAGAUUGCGAAGCCUCAACACCUGUAAAGCAGCUUCUUCUUCUUCUGCUCCGAUUGCUAAUGGUUUUGUCGGUGUAAACAAGUCCGGCUCCUCCGUGAGUUUCCACAGUUCGCCUUCUUCGAAUUGGACGCCGGUUAAACGGUUCGAUUUCAGGCAGAUCUCUCAGCUUUCUCAACCUAACCAAAACCGUGUCUGUCUCGUUGAUACGCUACAGCUGGUUAAGAAUUUAGAAGCACAAGGUGUGCCUUCUCAGCAAGCAGAGGCUAUCACGUCUGCUAUUAUUGAGGUUCUCAAUGGUAGUUUGGAAAAUGUAGGACAUUCUUUUCUGUCAAGAAGUGAAAUGCAGCAGGCUGCAGUAUUACAUGAAUCUAAUCUUGAAAUGUUCAAAUCAGAAAUUAAGAAUUCUCAGGAGCAUCAUUUCUCUUUGCUGCAACGUGAGACUGAGAAGCUGCAUAAUGAUAUGGAUAAAACACGCAAUGACUUAAGGUAUGAGCUUGACAAGGUAGCUGCUGGCUUACGUUUGGAUGUAAAUCUUGAAAAAGGGAGAAUGCGUGAUGAGCUGUCCAAGCAUAGCGCAGAGUCUACCAAUUUAACUAACAAGAUUGAUCGGGAGAUCCAUGCAUUGAGGGCCCAAAUUGAAGCUGGAAAAUACGAAAUCAUGAAAUAUUGUAUAGGUACCCUAGCCUCCAUCGCUGCCAUUGGUGUAGCAGUGAUUCGCAUCAUGGCACCAGACAAGAAGUGA